AUGGACGAAUACACAAGAGAACCAUGGUAAAUUUAUGUUUUCGAUUAAAAAAAAUAUUGCUUUAGGUAUAAUUGAUGUUUUUGGUCGUAAAAAGUAUAAUUUUUAACCUUUCUGCUUAGUUCAUUUAUUUUUUUAGUCCGUAUCGAAUUUUCGACGAUGUUGGCAGCGCAUUUUCCAUGGGCCUGGUGGGUGGAUCGAUUUUCCAUUCAAUUUCCGCUUAUCGACAUGCCGCGAAAAAUCAAAAACUCUCCAGUAUGCUGCGUGAAAUCCGUUUGAAAUCGCCUGUGACCGGUGGGCAAUUCGGUGCGUGGGGUGGAAUGUUCAGCACGAUUGAUUGUACUUUAGUUGCGAUUCGAAAAAAGGUAAAAAAUUAUAUUAUACUUGACUGUAGAUGGUUACUUUCAAAAAAAAUAUUAUAUCUUCUUUAGUUUUUACGGUAGAAUAAUUGUUUAUGGCUCAUAUUUAAGCUAAUGGUGUCUUCUUUGAUUUCAGGAAGACGCUUUUAAUUCAAUUGCCUCAGGCGCUUUGACCGGAGCAUUUCUUUCCAUCCGGUCAGGGCCAAAAAUAAUGGCCGGUUCCGCGAUCCUCGGUGGCACGGUGCUAGCGAUGAUCGAAGGAAUGGGUGUUGUGAUGACCAGAUUUAUGGGUAACAUGUAUGAUCCCACGCAACAACCGCCUCCAGAGGAUCCACAACAAUUGGCGCCGAAGAAAGAAGCUCCAGAACCGGUGGAGAGCACGGAAGCCCCGCAAACAGCUCCGUUUGGAAUCCCCAAGCUCAACUUGUAA